AUGAGCGUCGCGGUUCAACUUCCUCCUCAAAUCGACCUUCACGACAUGACUACUCCAUCUUCGCUACACCAGCCUCCUUUGAACGCCACCGCCUCGCCUUCUGCUGAAGCAAUGCAGCACCAAAACGAUGCCACCGACAAAGGCUCCGACCUUCCGCCUAUGCCCGUCCCCUACGAGGACUUCCACUUCUCCCUCGACCUUCCGGCUGAGCUGGAUCUCCACGACCUCCAGUUCAUCAGCUCGGCCGACCGCAAAGGCGGGCCUUCCAACCCCAUGACUCCAGGCCUCACAUCGCACUUCUUGGCUUCCACUCCCCAGACUCUGGGCUUCGGACAAGACGACAUCCACAUGGCCAGCAGGUCCAAUAGCCGCAGAGGCAGCCUUUCCAAGGGUAGCAGACCCGCCUCUCCGCGCGUCGGCUCCUCUCGCUUCUCCGAGUCCGCUCUCCGACCUCCUCCACCCCCCGACUUUGAACCCUCGGGCGCGAAUCUGUUCGAUCUGGACGCUUUCCCUAGCGGCACCAUGUCGCCUUUCGGCAUCGGCACGCCAGGCGCGAGCGACAAACACUCUCAGGGUGCUCAGCUAUUCGAUGCCAAAGAGAAGAACAUGCUCGUCAACUUCUUAGAAGGCUUCGAAUGGGAUUUCGAUCCCAGCCUGCCCGAGGGAUUGCCCAGUUUUUCUGCCGCCGCAGCGGAGAGGUCAGCAGCGGCCGCCGAGGCAAUGGGUUUCCCGGCUGACUUUGGCUCGGCCGCCGCCAGUCGCGAUCCAAUGCUACAUGAAGGCGCUGCCAUGUCAGCAGCAGCGCGCCGCCUCCAAGCCCGUACCAAGCUUGCCUCGGGAGCGACGGCAUCGUCCGGCUCGGGCUCUGGAUCCGCCACCGCAUCAUCGUCUCAGAGCCCGCACGACACCUCCUCCUCGGCCACAUCUCCACACGGCUCGGCGCGCAACCAUGCCCAUCAGCGCAGCCUCAGCACCGGCAAGUCGCGGCCUUACCACCACGAAGCCGAUCUGGUCAACACUGCAUUCGGCGGUGGUCUCUCUGAAUGGUCUUCACAGCAACACACCGCACCACAACAGUAUGCACAGCACAGCGCACACGACCUUUCCGCAGUCGGGUCCAAGCGCAACGCCGGCCACUUUGGCACGGGUGAAGCGGAUGAGCAGACUCAGGCCGCGCUCGCACUUGGCUCCUUGACCAGGAUGCACGCCGACAUGUUCAACAUGAGCGCAGGGCUCGACAUGGUGGCGCAAUCGCGCGCUCUAGCCGCCGCAUCGCAGCCACAACAACCGCCCUCCGUCACCGCACCCACGCCGUCCAAGCACAACACAGGUGGCAAGAAGCUCAAGACGGAGCAUGACGACGGCGAAGACACUUCAAUGCAGGCAGAUCGCGAUGCUGGCAGCAAGAGAGAGCUGCUGACCGAAUCCGAAAAACGACAGAAUCACAUCCUCUCCGAACAAAGACGGCGCAACUACAUCCGAGAGGGCUUCAAAGACCUCGUGGUCCUGCUCGACGACGGACGCAACUUUGGCGCACGUGCACUCGGCCUCUCGUCCGGUUUUGGCACGGGAGUGGAGGACGAGGGUCUGGACGACCGAUCCGACGUUGACGACGUUGUCGACGUGCUCGCCGUCGGCCGCAAGAAGCCGCCAAAGAAGGCGAAAAAGGCGGGUCCCGACGGCGUGCGCCAGCGCGGCAAGGGCAGAGGAAGAGGCGGCAGUGCCGGAGGCGGCGCUGGCUCCAAGAGUGCGGUGCUCUUCCAGGCUGUCGACCUCAUCCGCUGGCUCGAUGGCAAAAGCAAGGAGCUCACCAAGCAGUGCGAAGAGCUCGAGCAGAUCGCCGGCAUCCCCGACCCCGAAAGCAUCGUUGCCGCCAACCGCCCUGCCACUGCAAAGACGGCUUAG